AUGACAGACCAAUUCGGAAGACAAAAAUCAACCAGAUGGCAGAAAGCAGUGCCUACAUAUGGUGAUUACGACGAUGCAUAUGGCGGAUACGAUGAUUACGAAGACGACGAUGUGGAUCACGAACAACAGAGACAACAGCCAAUACCACAAAAGUUUGAGUUGCCACAGAAUUUACCUCCUUUGCCCAACUUGAAACAGGCCGUGCAAGAGCAGGCCAAACCAGAAGAGCUUGUUUUGUCUGUUGACAGAAUGAAACCUGAGUAUGAUAGCAGUGAUGACGAAUUCGAAGACGUCAAGCAGACCCACGAAGACACGCAUGAACCUGAGGAUAUCGCCACUACUACAGAAGCUGAAUCCGUCGCACCGCCACCACCACCACCACCACCACAACAACAACAACAAGAAGAAGAAGAAGAAGAAGCUCACACACCAGUGGAAGCAUCGCCCCAGGAAAAAGAACCUCUCUCAGAAGAAUCAUUGAAUUUCCAGUCAUUAUCUCCCAUAACAACCGAUCAUAACAUAGAACAAACAAUCCUUGAUCGUGACUUCAGAAAACAACUCUAUCAACCUCCAGACACGCCCAUGUCCGAAACAAGCUUCCAGUCUGACUACUCCAUCCAAAAGGAAACAGAAUUGAACCUUAAGGUAAGAGGUCAUGAUGACAGCUAUGAAGAGCGCUCCGAUUCGUUUGUACCUGAUGUGGUGCCACCAGCAGAACCAGAACCAUUUGUUCUUUCCAUUGACAAGAAAAAGUACGAUAGCUCGUCGGAUGAUGACGACGACGAUGAUGAUGAUUGGGGAUACAAUAGUCAGCAUAGCAGUAAUUUGGACGCUCCUGCCGACACCCGCAAAGAUAGUAUUGAUGAGCUAAUCAAGGAUAUUCAUGCUUCUACAAUUGACCAGUCUGAAUCUUCUUCGAACUUAGCUCGUGACCUGUCAUUUGGUAUCUAUGCCUCGUAUAUCAACUAUAGCAAUGAUGACCAAACAUCUCCGAUUAGACCGUUGUCGACUGCCAGGUUAGAAGAACAUGGGGAGUAUAUGAAUACUUUAUCAAGCAGGAAACCAUCAGUGAGGAAGCCACCUAUGGUUAAGUCAGAUACUUUGGACUCAAGCAAGUUGAGAGAAAUCAUAAGUCCACUUGAACAACUGGAAAGUGUCAGUGAUAGAUCGGCACAUGAAGAGGACGAGCUUAGACCGGAAGAAUCUGGAUUGCAUGCUCUGGCAUCCACCGGCUCCUUGUCUACUGGGAAGUUAUCAGUGGAACCAGACAAUAAAGAUUUAAGUAAUGGCGAUAUCGAAAGAGAUAUGUUUGCGCCACCUGCUCCACUAAAGACCGAUUCAAGAAGAGUAUCCACCAUUAGUAAUGCUACAUUUAAUCUUGGAGGAUGGACUCCGAAUACCGAUAAUUUCAGAAACCAAUUCGUAAACUACAAUGAUGAUAAUUCUAUUCGUGAAGAAGAAGAAGAAGAGGAGAAAUCAAAUACUAGCUCGAUAUCAGUUCCUGAGACUGUGGAUGCAUCAUUGCCUAAAGUUGAUGAGACGAUUGAUGAAGAAGAUGAUGAACCUGAUGUGUACUCGCCGUCUCCUGUGAAUGAGACCCAAUCAAUGAAUCCAACAAUUAUGACUAGUACUACAGUUGAUUCCGUUUUGAAAGAACAUCAAUAUUCUCAACCCUUGUUCAAGGAAGAGAAGUUGACUCCUGGAGCAUCCACUGACAAUUUGCCGCCAAAGUAUACCCUGAUGUUGAGUCCCAAGGAGGAGAAACAAUUCUUGAGUCCCACAAAAGAAAAUAACCGGUUGUCCGACAUCUCGGCCGUUUCCACCGAGACUGAUAGUCAAAGGAAAUCCGUCCUGUCUGGUCUUUCGGCAGAGACAGUACCAACCUUUGUGCCUGCAAAGUACCCUGUUUACGAUUGGAAGAAAAUCACCGCCAUUUCCCAGCCCAUAGACCGAAUCGCGGCUUUGAAAGACGCACAACAGAAGGAAGCCGAGUAUGACACGGGGUUGCAGAAUUGGCUUAUGGCUACCUUGAAACAGGUGGACCCUGAUCAACACAUACACAUUGGAAAGAUUGCAACUGAUGCUUAUCAGAACGCUGCUCAUAGUGAAAUUAGAAGACAUGGAAGUAUCCUCAGCAAAGUGUCGAUUGUUAAGGAUACCGGAGCCCAUGCUUCUAAUUUUGGGAAGAAGCUUUUCAGUAGGAGUAAAAAGUUUAUGCGAUCAGCCUCGGAGGCCAAGUAG